AUGAGAAGGUGUCGAAGCGCGUGCCACGCUUGCGCCCUCCACCAGAACAACACCCAAGCAGAUGCGUCCUCACGAAGAACGCAGUCCAGCACCAUCGGCAAUCUCCAGGUUCCUUCGCGACGCUCUCCCGGCCAGCGCUACGUCGUGUCGGUCUCCAGCGACAUGAGUGCGGCCUACUCGAGUUCCUCUCGUGCGCUUGCUUUCCUCUCCGAGACUUCCGAGGAUGCCAUCGCCGCGCUCAAAGGUCUCGUGGGAGGUGUCGGCUCUGCCAAGUAUCUCGACACCUCCGAGGACAAACUCUCCACCAUCGCGACUCAGAUCGACUCCAGCAGAGAUGAAGACCGCAUUGCAGCCCUCACUCGCAUCGUCGCCAUGGUCUCCAAAGGCCGCGACGCCUCUUCUUUCUUGCCGGCCGUCCUCAAGCUCACCUCUUGCGCCAACCUAGACGUGCGCAAGCUCGUCUAUAUUGUACUCUUGCGCUACGCCAACAGCAAUCCCGACCUAACUUUGCUGAGCAUCAACAGCUUUCAGCGGGACCUCUCGGAUCCGAGCCCGCUCAUCCGUGCUAUGGCGCUCCGCGUGCUGAGCAGCAUCAAGGUCGCCAUGGUCUCGCCAAUCGUGCUCAUGGCGGUCACCAAGGCUGCUCGCGACCCGAACCUCUAUGUACGCAAGAUCGCGGCUCUAGCCAUUCCCAAAUGCCACUCCAUCGACAAGUCGCAGCUCGAGUCGCUGCUCGAGGUUCUCGGCACACUCCUCGCGGAUCGCUCUCCCUUUGUGCUUAGCGAUGCGCUAGCUGCUUUCCAGCGCGUCUGUCCAAACGACUGGCAUCUCAUCCACCCCAACUAUCGCAGGAUCUGCCACGCGCUCUCGGACAUGGACGAAUGGGGCCAGAUUACAGCCAUCGAGGUCUUGUCGCGAUACGCGCGAUCAAACCUGCCCAGACCAAAGGUGGAGGAGAGGUCGAUGCCAGAACACGCCGCUAUCGGCCCGUCGCAGAAGCUCGAGAAAGACAGCACUGCCAAGCCACAUCAAACCGAGGAAGCUCCAAACUCGAGCAAAAGACGCCAUGAUGUCGACGGGCUCGAGGCAUUUCUGUCCAGCAACGCUGCCAUCACCCCGCCUUCCUUAGCGGCACGAAGCAAGGACUCCAAGUCAUCGACCGUGUCCCUUCCCAUCGUCAGCCCAUCCUCCGAUCUAGAUCGCGAUCUUGAGCUGUUGCUCGGAAAGUCUCAAGCUUUGCUGCACAGUCGGAAUCCCGCUGUGGUGCUCGCGGUGACGAGGCUGAUCUUCUAUCUCGCACCGACGCAAGAUCAUCGCAUGCUCACACGGCCUCUGGUGCGCCUCUUGCGAUCCUCGCCCGACGUGUCGUACUUGGUGCUUCUCAACAUCCUAGCCAUCUCCCGCCACGACCCAUCUCUGUUUGCACCGUUCACCACUUCCUUCCUCCUUGGCGCAUCGCACGAGGAGCCAAGCUUCCUGUCUUUGCUCAAGCUCGACCUCCUCGUCCUGCUGUGUAACGCCAGCAAUUGCAGCUUGGUCUUGGCGGAGCUCGGCGCGCACAUACAAUCAGCAGACGCGGCCGUCUCCGCUCACGCAGUCGCAUGCCUAGGCGAACUCGCGCUCGUCAAGAAGCUCGAUGCGAGCUCUGCCUGCUUGUCCAUGUUGCUCGACUUGCUACGAAGGCGCAAGUCUGGACCCCGUGUCCACGAUUCCACCGUUGCACGUGCGGUCCUCGAAAUCAAGAACCUCCUUCAGCUUUCGCCUGACUUGGCCGCUCUGGAUGCUGCCCCGGAAUCGCGCAGGACGUCGGCCAUCGUAUAUCGCCUGGCCGCCCUUCUGUUUGGUACAACGCCAAAGCCCAACCCGGCCGAGAAGUCGAAGCGCAAGAACGUCAAGCCCAAAGUAGUCGGCAAAGGUGCCAUCCUCCAUCCGGAAGCACGAGCAAGUAUCCUCUGGCUGCUUGGCCAACACGCGCGCCAAUCCAUCUCGAUCUCGACAUCUUCCAGUGCAGACGGCAAGAGGGAAGAGACUCGGACGCUGGCGGAGCUGGUCGUGCCAGACGUCCUCCGCCGCUGUGCGGUCAACUUUGUCAACGAGUCAUCUGCCGUCAAACUUCAGAUCUUGACCACGUCCAGCAAAGCGUUCGCAUUCCUACCGACUGUCUUGGUGCCGACGCCGGGAGCUACCUCGGCGGACCAGGGCAGGUCGGAGCAGCUCAUGUCCGCGGUCACAGUGCUCCACUUUUAUCUCCUCAAGCUCGCACGCUACGACGCCGACUUCGACGUGCGUGAUCGUGCUCGCUUCCUCAAAGGACUCACUGCGCCCCUGGCAGCAACGCAGUCCCCAUCCCCUGCAACGGAGGGCGACAAGGCGGCAAAGUCACAAGAGGACUCGAUCCAAGCAGCGAUCGAGUUGGCUGCGCGCAGCUUUGGCGAGACUGUCAGCGAGGACGAUGCUGAUCUGAAGGGCGUCCGGCUGCGCCGGGAGCAGGUGAUCCAUGUGCUGUUCGAAGGCAAGGCCUCGCUCGACCUUGCCGCAUCAAGUGCCAGCGAAGGUAACGACGAGGCGGUUCCUUCACAUGGAGACCCUUACAAAGCAUCAAGCAGGGACUCCGACGGUCCCGAGAUCGCCUCUCUCUCGCUCGUCCUCGGGGGCAAGCUCAUCAAGGGCUGGCUCAACACCAAGCUGCCCGCAUGGACCGAGCAGCCGACGCCGGCCUCCCUUCGCGAGCCUCCUUCCGUCUCGACACCAUCGCUUCCGACACUGCAAGGAACCUCGCUGUCCAACCUCAAAUCGUUCUCAUCCAGCGACUUCACGGGCAACUCACCGCGGGCGUCGACACCCGUCAUUCUCACUCCAGGCAAAGGUGCCGGCACUCCAUCGUCACGCGUCAGCGGUAACGCCACGCCUACCGAGCUAGACGCAUCCGCCGCCACAACACAGACACACCAAAAGUACAAGGAUCUCGAUUCGUUUCUCGAUGAAAGUGACGACGAACAGGAAGCGGCAGAGUUGCAUCUGGACGACUCGGCUCCUGAAGAUGACGACUUCGUCGCCGAAGAGCGUUGGGAUGACGACGAUGCCGAGGUCGAUUCGGAUGACGAGGAAGAGGACGAGGACGAGGACGAAGAAGACGACUCUGCGGAAGGCGAAGCUGCUUCUGAUGAUGAAGAGAGCGAGUGA